GCAAAAAUCUCGAAGUUGAACCUUCACUCUCUCACUCUCUCUCUCUCUCUCUCUAGGGUUUUAGCAUUUUGAAACGAAACUAAUUUUCUCAGAAUCGAUCAUGGCACCAGCUAGGGUUUUCGGAGCAUUUGCCGGCAGAGCACUCAUGGCGGCUGCGGCUAAGAGCGCGACAAAGAAAGUUGCUGCUGCUUCCGCCGAAGCUUCAACCAAAACCGCUGUGAAGAAAACGGUUAAGAGAACGGUCUCGGUCAAGAGUACCGGAGGUAUACAGAAGGUUGUUCCGGUCACUUCUGAGCUCGGAAGUUUCAUCGGUUCACCUGAAGUUUCUAGAACCGAAGCUGUUAAGAAAGUUUGGGAGUACAUCAAGCUGCAGAAUCUUCAGAAUCCUAAUAACAAGAAGGAGAUCUUUUGUGAUGACAAGCUGAAGACCAUUUUCGAUGGGAAAGAAAAAGUUGUUUUCACUGAGAUUGCCAGAUUGUUGGCUAACCAUUUCGUGAAAACGACCUGAAAUUCAGCUCUGGUGGAUUCCUAACGAUGGUAACAUGCUUUAGUACAUUAAGUAGGUCUUUUUAUUAUCAGCUACAUAUUUUGCUAUCAACCGUUGAAGAAACAUGGAACCGGUGGAUUCCUAACGUUGGUAACAUGCUUUUAGUACAUUAAGUAGGCCCUUUUAUCAUCAACUACAUAUUUUAUGCUCAACUGUUGAAGAAACAUGGAAAUUUGUAAUAUCUGACUUUUACUUGGGUUUGAAAGUGGUGUUAUUUUGUCCCA